GCAGUCUGUAGCGUGAGGUUUAGAGCAUUAGACGGCAUCCCGGGCCAGAAAAAGAUGGCUACAGAUGAGAGCAGGAUCAUAGUAAGCGGUGAUGAAACUAUAGAAAACGGUUAGCUAGCCAGAAUAGUGCAGUCUACCGCACUUCAUCACUGAUUUUCUGGCUCCAGUUCUCACAGAGAAGUACUUUUUGGACCUGAUGAAAGAUGUCGCAGACGAGAACAAAGUCGAGAAGGUGGCUAUCUGCCUCAGAGUCCCGCAGCCGAUACUCUCCAACCUCAAACGAAGAUUUCACGAUACUCCACUGUUGGCAACAAAGGUACUCAUGGCGUGGAGGGACAACCUGACAUGUGACACUGUGGCAGAGGCCGUGGAGGAGCUAGCUGACACGUUCACCGCCGUUGACCUGGCAAGAAAAUCAACACAGGUUCAGAAACUGAAUGGGUCAGGGUCAGCUACUUUGCUGGCUCAAGUUCACUCUACUCCAGACUAUUAUUCAGAGUCAACAAUGACAGAUGGAGUAGUAAAGCAUCAGUCACCAGAUGGCAGCCCAAUCGCAUCUCCCAACACAAUAGAACCUCCGCUUGCCCAGAGAAUAAAAAGAAAGUGCACAGCAGCUACGUGUGGUUGGACUAUCUGCUACUCGACACUGGGACUGUUGGUGGUAUCAGCGCUGGUGGCCGUUGCUACCGUGAAAAACACCCCAAAGACCAGGAACAGCAUUUCACCUCCAUCCGUUGGAGCCAACGACACUGUCGAGCUAUCGUUCAGUCUCUCCACAGUCUGGCUGAAGACUCUCUCCCUCUCAAUAGACCAAGACUGCACAGGGGUGGCCUACACUUACCGCGGAAAGUGCAGCGACCUGUACCCCACGGCCAGGGUCUGCUACAAACAAUCACAGUACUCUGAAGCUGCACACAGAGUCAACUACCUUCUACCAGGGUCAUACUUUAACUUCACCGUGGGGGCGGGCUAUGACUGUCAGACCGAUAUCUGGAUAACCUGGAACCCUGAGCUCCUGUACAAGACAAACUACUCUGGAUACAGCUGUGAGAAUCCUCCGCCACAGACAAAGUGCCUACAUCCACCAGCAGAACGCUCAGAGCGUGUGGUCCCAGUAACAGAAGCAGGUUACUAUUCCACCUACGUAUCCCCGCCGCCUCAAUCACCGUGCUUCCUGAACUAUGAGCGCUACAUCUGCAGCUAUAAUGUGACACGUUUGAAAGAGGUGGCGAGCGCGGUAACUCAGGAGCCUAUCCGAUCAGAUCUGGUCAGUGUGGACCUCCUCUACCGGCCCUACAGUUUCACCCAGGUGUGCACCGUACUUCACGUCGAGAAGGACGGCACCCACUGCCGCAGUUACAACGGAGGUGCACUGAGUGUGGAGACUGAGAGGAGACAAGACGUGCUGUUGUUCCCUGGUCUAUUGCUCUGUCUGGCAGUCGUGGUCCUGGUAGCAGUGGCACUCUCUCACAUUACGACAUGUGUAGUGAGAAGAAGACGACAAAGUGUUAGACCUCUAUACCAGAGAUUACACGACACACACGUAUGAUGCACAUCAUAAAAACUUCAAUCUACCUGAUUAUGUACGUGUCUCUCUUUUUCUCUAUCUUUGCACUUCUUUUUUUUUACCAUGUGUCACUGCAUAUUGUCUAUAGCUACCUCUAAAAUGGUACGGGCAUUAACAAACCCACGUACGUAUUUGUGCAUCACUUUCAUAACUCUGCAAACAAUUGCACGUCCGUAAUAGUGGCGUGCGGUCCCACUGCGAAUUGUAUCACUGUGUACACAUUAGUAUAUGACAUG